GUGCACAACUUGAAGGACUAUUGUAUAAGAUAGCAAUUACUGGAGCAUGGAAACCUGAUGCUCUAGGACAAUGGUAGACUAUGCAGGCCACAGACUACAAUCGUCAACAGACCUACCCCUUUCCAGCUUGCGACUCUUGUCAUGCGCGGAAGGUUCGGUGCAAUCGAGGACUACCAUGUAGCAAUUGCCUUGAUCAGGGUCUUUCUUGCCAAAGACAACGAACUCGGCGACGCCUGCCAAAAAGAAUUUUGAAGCCUAAAGUUCAGACUACGAGUCCAGCGACAACCACCGUUCAGGCACUCGCUCCUAGCCGAGUUGAGCCGGUCGCAUUGACUGAGACUGAAAUUCCCAUUGAACGGUCUGGCUUACAGCAAGAAUCAAGGAUCCAUUCCGGAGAAAUCGAAACAAGCAAUACACCUGCAAUCAGGUUAGAGGCAAAGCCUAGGAGCACUGAUCAGCGAGUACCAGUUGGCUGUGACUUGGCUGCCUGGGUGCCACUAAACAGAUCCAUCGAGACUCACUUUAUGAUUCCGGGCCACAUGGGCCAUUUCGAGCACGGCUUGGUCUGCAAAGCGCAGGAAGUGUUACGUUCGGCUUUGGUUCGUGUAACUCAUGCCCCUCAAGGGUCAAGUACAACCCUCCAGGACGAACGAGGUGUGCCUCUGGAAUUUCUGACAUGGAUGUUACAAGGUAAGAGGCGUCCUUGACACCAUGUUGAAAAGAAAAGGCCAUGUGCGCUGGAGCUAAUACGGCUUUGCUCGGUUGAAC